GCCCCGCGGUCCCCUUAUUUGGAUCUGCGGGAAUGUGGGCUGGAGCGGUCCUGCCGCGGUACCAGCCUCCAUCCUGCCCCCGGGACUGCCCCUGACCCAGGCGCACCCGCUGCUCGGUGGCAGGAGGGCCGGCGGAGCGCCAUGGCCUGCAUCCUGAAGUUGCUGAAGCUUGAGGUCACGAUCUGGUGGAAGUGACUACUAGAAGAAGGCAAGUGUGCAUUGUAUUCUGUUGUACUUGUCAUCUGGAGCACACAGUGUACUUGAAGGUAAAAUAUGCUGAAUGACAGAAUCAUUCAACCCCUAUGAAAGAAAAAGAGAGGAGUAAAGCAACCUCCUUCUGUGACUGCCUUUGGUUGAAAGUCAUUCAUUCUUCUUCUUUUUUUUUUUUUUAAUGUUUUGUAGAGAAAGUCUGUGAUUGCUGUGAGCUUCAUAGCAGCGUUCCUUUUCCUGCUGGUCGUGCGUCUUGUAAAUGAAGUGAAUUUCCCUUUGCUACUAAACUGCUUUGGACAACCUGGUACAAAGUGGAUACCAUUCUCCUACACAUACAGGCGGCCCCUUCGAACUCACUAUGGAUACAUAAAUGUGAAGACACAAGAGCCUUUGCAACUGGACUGUGACCUUUGUGCCAUAGUGUCAAACUCAGGUCAGAUGGUUGGCCAGAAGGUGGGAAAUGAGAUAGAUCGAUCCUCCUGCAUUUGGAGAAUGAACAAUGCCCCCACCAAGGGGUAUGAAGAAGAUGUUGGCCACAUGACCAUGAUUCGAGUUGUGUCCCAUACCAGCGUUCCUCUUUUGCUAAAAAACCCUGAUUAUUUUUUCAAGGAAGCAAAUACUACUAUUUAUGUUAUUUGGGGCCCUUUCCGCAAUAUGAGGAAAGAUGGCAAUGGCAUCGUUUACAACAUGUUGAAAAAGACAGUUGAUAUCUAUCCGAAUGCCCAAAUAUAUGUGACCACAGAGAAGCGCAUGAGUUACUGUGAUGGAGUUUUUAAGAAGGAAACUGGAAAAGACAGAGUCCAGUCUGGCUCGUAUCUCAGCACAGGGUGGUUUACCUUCAUUCUGGCCAUGGACGCCUGUUAUGGCAUUCACGUCUACGGGAUGAUAAAUGACACCUAUUGCAAGACAGAAGGGUAUAGAAAAGUCCCCUACCAUUACUAUGAACAAGGAAGAGAUGAGUGUGAUGAAUAUUUUCUUCAUGAACAUGCCCCAUAUGGGGGUCAUAGGUUUAUCACUGAAAAGAAAGUGUUUGCUAAAUGGGCCAAGAAGCACAGGAUAAUAUUUACACAUCCAAACUGGACAUUGUCUUGAUAAUGGUUUUUCUGAUCUUGCCACAUCACUUAACGUGAUCCCCAUACUGCAACUGUGAUGCUGAUGAUGCUAAUGGAGAUGAUGGUAACGAUAAAGACAACAACAAUGAUUAUCAAGUUCCUGUACACUCUCAGAUGUGGAUGGUGACUCUGCUAGUAAUUUAAACUCAGCAUUUCAUGGAGGAUGGUUGUGCUCAUGAUGUUCUUUCUGGAGGUUCAACACUACAUACAGCACUUUAUAAUUUAACUGGAAUUGAGAUGAAGGCCAGUGACAUGACAACUGUGACCUAAGAAAUGGGAAGAUUAUCCUUCAAGAUAGCUGCCUAGAAUUGUUCAACAGUGAGUAACUUCCAAAAGCCAAAAGAGUUUGGCCUCAUGAGGCGAGGUGAUUGACUCAAUGGCUUCUUGAAUCUCAGCAGCUCCGCCAUCUUGAAGAAUGAUUGAUUUUCAAACACUGACCCAAGAACUGCUAUCAGGGUGCAAGUAUCUUACUAGUUAGCCUAAGGAUGGGAAAAUAUCACUUCCUAAUAUACCAUCUUUCUACAGUAUUUCCUACAGCUAAAGCCUCAGGCCAUUGCCUAAUUAAUAAUGAAGAUUUAAUGGACGUCCUACACUGCAGGAUUACUUGACUAUCACAAACACAUAAAUCAAAAUGGGCUAAGUAGCAAAUCUUGAUGAAUUUCCACUCUUACCAUCCAUUCUUACUACCGACAAUAUAACUGAACAUGUGAUUAGAAUGAUCUAUAUUAAUUUUUAGUUAUUUUUGGUUGAGUCCUAAAUAUUUCGGAAGGCUACUUAAUAUGUAAGAUACCAACUUCAACACUGUAGUAACAUAUACUGUGAAAACAUUCCUAAAACAUAACCAAAGGGUUUACUAACUCUGCUUCAACAUCCAACAACACAAAACCGUAUGAUUUUUAAAAUCAUGAAACACAGAAAGCAAAGCAUAUUUUUACAUCAAUUUGUAUCCUAUCAUACUUCAUAAUAUAUAUUUGUAUAUUCAAAUUUCUAUUUUAUAGGCCCAAGAUGUGUUUCUCUAAACAAUACAUUCUCAUUGCCAAGUGCCAACUGUUAGACAUGGAGAGGAAAUGAUUCCUUAUAUUAAACCUGACCAGAGCUUUUGCCUUGUAGGAAUUUAUUUUUCCCAUAGUGUGUCAGUUGUUAUGCCACAAUAACAACAAUAAUAAUGACCUUAAUGUCCAAGGUACUUUGUCAUUUACAGUCCUUUAACAUCUGUUAUACCAUGUGAUGCCCCUGAACACCCCAUGGGACUAUUGUCUGUGUAUUCUGCUAUCUCUUUAGUAGAUGAUCUGUAAUUUGGUCAUUGUUCUGUGAUAUUCCAGAUUGUUCUACUUGCUAAUAUUUGUAUAGAAUAGAAUUUAUGUAAACUAGUAACCAGUUGAUCUCUGUGCCAAAUACAUUAUAUCAGGAUUACACAAAAAGUUUCACAAAGGAUGGUCUUGGCCAUAUGCUAGGACCCCUGUGAAAAUAAGUAGUUUUGAGUAGUUUUUCUAUAUACAUAUAUAUACGUGUGAUUCUAUUUAGGGGGGGAAAUGAAAAAGCAGGGACAAUGGGAGGAAAUGAAGGCAGAGAAAUAUAGUUUCCUGUCCUAGGGUUGAGACAAUUCUAUUUUUCAUAUACUCAUUGCUCAUUAAAUAUUAAAGGGUUGAUUUGCUGAGAGAGUAGCUGAGAGUUCAAAAACAUCCUUGCAGAAUGAUUCAAAAGACAAAAGCCAGGCUCAGCUUACAGAAUGUUUUGGAGACUGGAAGUAAUGAUACAUUUCACUUCAGAAGCACUUGUAGGUAUUUACUAGUGCUAAGUAUUAUGGUGAGCUAUCAUUAAAAUGUGCCAUCUUGGAUAAAGGCCUUUUGCCUGCUGUCUUCUGCCAUUUUGAUACCUCAAUAUUCACACCCAUAAAAAUUACUAAGCCCCAGUUCUAUCCUCAGAAGGAGUUGUUAUUCUGUUGUUCCCUUAUGCAAUUUUUAAUUCUAUGAAUGUUAAGUUUUUUUGAACUAAUGAUAGAUAGAAAUGUCUACUGAAAGAAAAAUAAACAGAGACAAAUGUUAAAAUUGCCAUACAGACUGUUUUUCCCCCUGUUGUUUCACCUUAAAAUAAAAAGAAAUCCUUGAUUAAUCAGAAUGCCUUGGGACAUGAACUUAAUUUAUUUAGUUUUCUCAUAAAUGAAGGGCCAACUCUUAUUUGUUUUAACCCCUGCCGAUGAGAAACAUUUGAAAACUUGCUUGCUCUCCUGCCUCGUUGUAGCUUUCUCUGAUGAAGACUUUUGCAGUAUAUUGUAUCCUUCACUCAAUGGCGGAAGUUGUGUGUGGAAUAUGUAGACUCCAGUGUUUUCUUAGGAGGGGUGGAAAGGGGCUUUUUUUUCUCUCCUCUCCUCUUUCUUUCCUUUCUUUUUGCAUCUAAACUGCUACUCUACAUUUUUUAUUGUUGUUUUCUUUGUCUUUUUCUUUCUACAAGCGGGAAACAAACAAACAAAAAAGCACAAGUUUUUCUCAAUUUGGAAACUCAGUUGAGUGAUUUCCAGUAUAAUCAGCAUUUUGAUAGAAUCUCACAACUUAUUUUUCUCUGCUUUUAUUUCCUGUUUUUCUUUGUUCCAUCUUUCUAAUUCUAGUGAAAAUGCAAAGUCUAAUUUCUCCCAUGUUGAGAAUAAAUUUUUCAUCUAUGAUUUACUGAUAGAGAAGAGCUUGGUAAGGGAGCAAUUCAAGGAGACUAUUUUGCCAUGCAAAUUUCUGAUCAAUUCCCACAGAUUCUGGUGAAAUGAACGAUAUCCUAUCCAACAUUUAAACAUUGAAAAAUUUAACUGAACUUACUUAUCACUGAUGGGUAUUUAUCCCAGAAACUAAUAUGUGAAAAAUAAAAAUAUUUCAAUACUAUCCGGGGCUCUAGGAAAAUGAACUAUAAAAAUGGGUCACAAUUUUUCUGAAAUUGGCAUGAAAACAUUCAAGAUAAAAAUAAUAGACUAAAUAUUAUUUUCUAUUCUGCAUAAUUCUAUGAAAAAGCAAAGUAAUUUUUUAAAAGUUUUCAAAUGAAUGUUUGAAUCUUUUCCAACUUAACCAAGUGAGAAGUAGUAAUGAUUUACAUUGUUAUGAUGAUAAUAUGAAUAAGAAACCUUUUAGAGUAUAUGAUUUUACAUUGCUAUCAAAGCUAUCAAAGAAAAAGCAAUUGGGAUUUGGAGGAAUGUUUGUAUAUAUGCACAUAGAGUCCAUUUGUGUGUGUGUGAACACACAUAUAUAUACAUUAUAUACUUAUAACUAUAUAUAAAGGCAUAUGUAUAAUCCUAUAUUCUUCACUGGUGUGUGUGAAUCAUAGAAAACCCUAUUUUAGACUUCAUCUGAAAUUUGUUGGGUUACAUUUUGAAUCCUGAUGAAAAAAGCAAAAAUCCAAAUUAAAUGGACUGAUUGCUAAGAGUACAUAAAAUCAUAUUCAAAAGCUGGCCAGAAGAAUAAAGCUGGAGAAGCUGCUAAAUCUAGAAAACACAAUUAGAUGCCACAGUUGUCACAAAUCAGACUUGUAAGUAUAGCAAUCUGUAUUGUGGAUUCUGCCGAUUGCAGGCUUAGCUAAAGUCACAUUGAAAAACAUUGCAUCAAGCUUCAUUCACACUGAAGUAAAUGAACAUUGGUCCUCCUAUUCAAAUAAGCCAGUCUUUAGCAUAAGCAAAAUCCAGAUUUGCAUGAUUUUUAUUAUAUAGCUAGAGAACUGUGACCACUGUGAAAACAGAAAUUUAUAUAAGGAGAUCGCUCUUGGAGGAAUUGGUAUGAAUCAGCUGAGGUAGGAACAAGAGUCUGAAUUGGGGACCUGCUAACCUUCCAAGAAGUAGAAGGCCAUCAGAAGAGAACGACUGUUACUUAGAAAAGAGACAACACUAAAGUACUUCACCUGGUAGUGUUAAUUGGAUGUUAAUUAUGAGCUUGGUUUAAUUUCAAUAAGCAAGAAAAUAUAAUCAGAUGACUGAUUUUUAAAAAAGAACAAAAACAAUGGGCCCAUCUAGCCUUUAAUGUGACAUGUCAAAUGCAAACAAUAAAUUAUGUUAGUCAGUGUCCAUUGUUUGCAUGGCUUAGCACAACAAAGGAUUUACAGUCUGGGGCCAGGAGGGAAAAAAUACUUUUUUCUUAAAACAACAUAUUUAAAAGACAAGACCUCAUCAUUUUAGUAGUGUACAUAGAUUAGUGACUGAAGGAGCCAGUGCUAGCCUUUGUAAGUAGUGUAGGCUUUUAGAGCUGAAAGAGAUUUUAAAGACCAGCCAAUUCAACUCCUACACCUUGGAGCUGAGGAAACAGAGGUGAAGUGAUUUGCCUGUAGUAAUAAACUGGACUAAUGGCAGUACUGAGACUCAAAUUCUUGUCUCAUGUUUUCUUCUCUAGUAAUUUUUCCACUACACUUUUUAGACAGAAGAGUAGCUGGGAAAAAAAAUGCCUAACUGAUUUUACUAAAGAGUCUAUUCAUGGACUCCAAGGGCUCCAAAUUGUGUUAAUUCUGCUCAGGAUGAGCACACUGAAGUGGAGAAAUAUUUUCAUAAUUGAAGGAACAUAUCUCAUUGAUUGUCUACACCCUCUGUUCUCUCUGUUUGUUGCUAUUGGUAAGGCUAGGCUAUGUUCUGCUAUCACAAAAUUCUAGGACUUGUUUAAAGAACAUAAAGGUGAGUUUCUUACUUUCUCUUUGUAAGUAGCAAGCCAUUGAUACACCAAGAGCUGUUGAGUGUUGGAGGUUGCCUGGUGAAACUGGCAGGCCCUGUUGCUGACAUUUCCCCAGAGCUAAAGUGUCCUCAUAUUCAAACCAACUCUGCUGCUCAAGUUAGUGAAAUUAUCCAUCAGCACUAACACUACCCUUUGGGUUAAUGCUCAUCCCUGUGCUAUAUGUGACCUUUGAGCCUAGAUACCCUUCUGGAAGGUGAAUGAAAGCCCAAAAUGUCCCGCAAGACUUAGUCUGCAUAAAGCAUUGAAAAGGAUUUUUUUUUCUCUACAGUCCAUUUAUAUGAUACUGUUAGAAGUGAAGAAUUUUGAAACUACAUACAAUGGCCUCUGGAAAUGGUUCCUGUGGCUCAGAAAUAGUAUAUUGUUCUGUUGCUUGUUUUUGCUGAACUGUAGAGAAAACACCAGAGCAAAAUUCCAUGUAAAUUGCUAAGGCAUCAAAUCAGAACUGUCCUUGGGCAUUGUAACAGUGCAGAAAAUCUCAUUCAGUUUUUUUCUUUUUUUUAGUUAACUACUUUUUUGUUUCCUUUCAGAAUAGGCAGAAUUUUUUUUUUUUUUUUUUUGAGUAGAAAAGCUCUUGUUUCUCCACAGAUACAUCUCUUUUUGUUCACACCUUGGAUUCUUCAGAAAAUAGAAGCUCAUUUCCUUCCAUGAAGGUGAAGAACAUCUUGAUGAAUAAACAGUCAACUACCAAGUUCACAUAUUUACCCAUGUAGUGAGAGCUGUUUCUAAGAAACUUCAAAGGGAUCAAAACGAGGCAAUUGUAUAGCUUUUUGUUACCUAAUCUACAAAGUACUAAUUUCCUUGUGUUUAGCUUUGUUGUCACUGUUACUGAGUAAAUACCCAUUUCUGUUAUAUAUGGAACAUUUUUUGCUUCACUCAUUUUCCUGAGUUCCCAUGAUUUUUUUCUGUAGUUUCUCAUUCAUUUUAAAACCUGUAAUCUUCAUCUAUUUUUAGAAGAAACUGUAAAUGCAUGGCUGUACAUUUGUUGAGAGUUUUUAUGACAUUAUAGUGCUUUAUUUAUAAGCAUUGUGUCUUAGAAUAAAGCUUACAAAAUGGCAAA